AGGUUUUGCCAGAUUAGCUCACAAUUCAGGUGGCCAUGCGAUAGGAGGGGGACCGCGCGGGCCUCCCGUGUGUGCUCGUGCGUCAUGUCCAGCAAUGGAAUCUUCCAGCUGAUGUCUGGCAUUGUAGGUACCACGGCGGAUGCGACCGGCCGCAUGGAGAAAUUCACUGAGCUGGUAAGAAGUCUCGUUGACCAGCAUGACGUUCAACAGUUGAAGGAUUUGGUGGACUGCAUGCUGGCGGAGGAAUCCAGCUUCGCCCUUUUUGCGCGCCCCGUGCUACAGCAGGUCGCCGAGCAGAUGGAGAAGCUGAAGAACUCCGAGCUGAAGGAGUUGGCCCUCCAUACCUUGGAUCGGCUCCGCGGCCGGGUCGUCUCCUUCGAGGAGGAGGACUUUGUGAUGCGAGAACUUCUAUCCGAAGUCUUCCAGGCUGAGGGUGACUGGGCCGAGGCCGCAAAAUGCUUGGCCGCCAUCAACCUCGAGUCAGGAACGCGAUGUCGAACGCCGCUUCAAAAGGCGGAGAAAUAUGUUAAGAUUGCGGAGUUGUACUUGGAGGAUGAGGACCCAGUGGCUGCAGACACCUUCUGCUCACGGGCAGCUAUGGUGAUGCACGAGGUCAAUGACACCCCGCUGCUGCUUCGCUAUCGAGUUUGUCACGCUAGAGUUCUGGAUAGCAAGAGGAAGUUCUUGGAGGCUGCUUCCAAGUACUGCGACCUCUCGCAGCAGACCUUUGGCGGUCAGAUUUGUGAGGCUGACCUCCUGCAAUUGCUGAAGUGCGCCGUGACCUGUGCCAUUCUGGCGCCUGCGGGGCCUCAGCGCUCCAGGAUACUAGCCUCUCUUUGCAAGGACGAGAGGAUUCGAGCCGUUGAGCACUUUGAGAUCCUCCAAAAAAUGUUUAUGGAGCGCCUGAUCCGGGGCUCAGAGGUGCAUAAAUUUGAGGACAGUUUGCUGCCACAUCAGAAGGCCACUGGUCCUGAUGGCUCAACUGUCCUUGAAAGGGCAGUGCUGCAGCACAACGUCCUUGCGGCCUCACGGGUCUACAAGAACAUGCGCCUCCCACAACUGGGGCAUUUGCUGGAGGUCGCUCCUGAGAAUGCCGAAAAGAUCGCUGCCAAGAUGAUUGCAGAAAAAAGAUUAGCUGGUUUCAUUGACCAAAAGAGUGGCGUGAUCCACUUUGAAGGUGGCGGCGAUGAUUUGCAACAGUGGGACAGACACAUCAGGAAUGUGUGUACACAGGUCAAUUCCGUCUUGUCCAAAAUCAAAGACCAGUCAGCCAUGAAGGAUGGAUAGCAUCAUGCUUGACGCUCAACGACUUGGGAGUCAUGAUGGCCGAUUCGGAUCAGUCACGCGCAGCCGGAACCGGCCACAUUGUUGAAAGGCCCCAGGCAACGACUUCUAAACAGGUUCCAAACGAUAUUAUGUGUAUAUCAUUAUUUAUAUGAUAUAGUCAUAGUGCUGUUGAGUGUUGUUCUAUAUAGCUUCCUGGCCCAGUGGCCACAUUCAAGUGAACAUGGUCUGAGGCGCUGACUUCUGCCGUGGUCGUGAGCAAUGGGCCAUGCAUACAUGGACACCUCAAGAAACAAAGAAUGUUCACCACAUGC